CUCUUCUCUCCCCCCAGAUGCCCUCUCGCUGCAGGAAUGCGCUGAACAUCGUGGUCACCACCCUCUUUGCUGCGGUGGUUCUCUUCACCAUCCUGCUGGCCUAUGUCACAGGCUACCAGUUCAUCCACACUGAGCAGCACCACCUCUCCUUCGGCCUCUAUGGUGCCUUCCUCUCCCUCCAUCUCCUCCUCCAGAGCCUCUUUGCCUUCUUGGAGCACCGGCGCAUGAGGACCCCUGCCCGGCCGCAGCACCUCCGUCGCACCGUGGCCCUCUGCAUCGCUGCCUUCCAGGAGGACCCGGACUACCUGAGGAAGUGCCUGCGCAGCAUCCGGCGGAUCUCCUUCCCUGGCCUGAAGGUGGUGCUGGUGGUGGACGGGAACCGGCCAGAAGACCGCUACAUGAUUGACAUUUUCCAGGAGGUGAUGGGCGGGGCUGACCAAGCUGGCAGUAUGGUGUGGAAGGGAAACUACCACAGUGAUGGGGGAGGAGGAGGAGGAGUGGCAGGUGGAGGAAGGAGCACUGUGCACAUGGAGGAGGCUGCACGGGUGUCCAGGCUGGUCAGAGGCUGCCGGUACUCCUGCAUCAUGCAGGAGUGGGGGGGCAAAAGAGAGGUGAUGUACACCGCCUUUAAAGCACUGGGGGACAGUGUGGAUUAUGUGCAGGUGUGUGACUCAGACACUGUUCUGGACCCAGCAUGUACCUUAGAAAUGCUGAAGAUCCUUGAGGACGAUCCGAUGGUGGGAGGAGUUGGUGGAGACGUACAGAUCCUAAACAAGUAUGACUCGUGGAUCUCCUUCCUCAGUAGCGUGCGCUACUGGAUGGCCUUCAACAUCGAGCGGGCCUGCCAGUCCUACUUUGGUUGCGUCCAGUGUAUAAGCGGCCCUCUGGGGAUGUAUAGGAACUCUUUGCUCCAGCGCUUCCUGGAGCCCUGGUACCAUCAGACCUUCCUGGGCUCCAAGUGCAGCUUCGGGGACGACCGCCACCUCACCAAUCGGGUGCUCAGCUUCGGCUACAAGACUAAAUUUACUGCGCGAUCGCAGUGCCAGACUGAGACUCCAACCCAGUAUCUGCGUUGGCUCAACCAGCAGACUCGAUGGAGCAAGUCUUACUUCCGUGAGUGGCUCUACAACGCCCUGUGGUUCCACAAGCACAGCCUCUGGAUGACCUAUGAGUCUGUGGUCACCGGCUUCUUCCCCUUUUUCUUGGUUGCCACAGUCAUCCAUCUCUUCUACCGUGGAAGGCUGUGGAACAUUCUGCUCUUUCUAUUGACCGUCCAACUGGUUGGGAUGGUGAAGGCCACCUACGCCUGUUUUCUUCGUGGCAGCCUGGUCAUGAUCUUCAUGUCACUCUACUCUCUGCUCUACAUGUCCAGCUUGCUUCCUGCCAAAAUAUUUGCUCUGCUCACCAUCAACAAGGCUGGAUGGGGCACUUCAGGCCGCAGGAAGAUCAUAGUGAACUUCAUCGGUGCUGUGCCUGUCACAGCGUGGGCUAUUGUGCUGCUCGGAGGUGUGGUGUAUACAAUCUACUGUGAAUCACAGGAGCCGUUAAGUGAGACAGAAAAAGUCUUGUUGAUAGUGGGGACGUUACUCUACGCCUGCUACUGGAUCAUUCUGCUGGUGCUCUACCUGGCCAUCGUAGCCAAGCGGUGUAACAAGAGGGAGGAGCAGUACCACCUGCCGUACGCUGAGGCAUAAAGACGCUACACACUCUUACACUGAGUUUUACUGCAGUGUGAAUCUCGCGAUGUUGACACUGUGAACUGCUCCACAGAUGUGCUGUGAACCCACAUACAUCUUUAUGACGGGUGCUAAGAGGUGUGAAUCUGAAAUCUAAGCAGCAGGAAUACAACCUAGCUGUAUGAGACUCAGAGACAGCUCUCCCAUUUAUAUCAUGCUCAAUGGUGCUUCAAAUUGAAAAAACAAACCAAACGGAACUGAUCCAGUUUAUAAAGUGUUCAAAGAAGUAAUGAUGCCAUGCUCAAAAGAACAUAAAGUAUUUCAUGGGUACUGGUUAGCUUUAACUGUGACAGAAGUGUGCAGUUAAGUGUUGUUAAUGAAUAUAAAGCAGCACAAGGGACAAAAUGAGACUAAGAGAUAUAAAGGUCUUACUUGGCUGGUGUUUCAGUUUUUCAUGUCAUUAUGAUAGGGAUGAGGUGGGAUAAAAUGUGAAGGAGCUGAGCCUAAAGAAAAAACAAUAAUAUAUAUCACAGCAAAGCAUUGUCUCUAGUCCCAGCACGUCGAUUACACACACAGAGGAUCUCAGUCUGUUGUUUGUGUUCAGAUUGAACAAAAAACUAAUGUGUGUUACCAAUACCUAGAGUCAAGAAGGGGAUUAUGCAUGACGGAUGAACAUUAGCUCUCUGUCAACUUGAAAUAGAAAUAUGAAAAGAGAAGUACCCUGACGAGACAGCAGAAUACAGAGAGGCUUAAAGUAAUAAUAAUCCCUCAGAGGAAACACACACAGCCAUUCCACACAGUUUGUGCAUGAGGGCCAGAUACAGCUGGAGUCUGAUAAGAUGGUAUAUUAAUUGUUUGUGAACACUUCCAACAACAAAAUCCAUAUGAAAAUCUGGCCCUUACCAUAAAGAUAGUAUAUCUUUACAAGUUUGUCUUAUUACAAUACUCAUAUGCCAUUUUUUCUGUAGGUGUGUUUCUUUCUGUAAUCAAGUGGUUUUUAAAUCCUAUCCUCAGUAGAAAAAGUAAUGUUUGUCCCAUUAUUUCAGUUUUGUACCUGGCCUGUCAAA